AUGAGCAAGCGCUCUUUCGAUGAGACUAGGGCCAGUGAGCCAUCAGAGGCCGAUCACAAUGGCUUAAUGCCCAUUCACGACUUGCUCUCACCCGAUGGACAUGACCACGAUCCGACUCCACCCGCCGGUCAGACCAAGAAGCCCCGGAAUUUCAUAGCCACCGUCGCCUGCGAGACGUGUCGUCUAAAGAAGACACGAUGCGACGAGUCCCGACCAAAGUGUGGGCUCUGUAAGACACUUGGACUGGAUUGUGUCUACAAUGAGCGGAAAUCGUCCAAACGGGAUCAAUCGCUCACAAUGAUCAUGAGUACCCUCCAUCGACUGGAAACGAAAUUGGAGAACAUCCCAUCUUCCAUUCUCAGCGACCUCCAGUCCCUUGAAAGGCAAUCUCGUCCCUCUAAUGAGCGCUUAGAUGGAGCGCAUUCAGCUCCUGGGCACUUGGAGGGGGACCGACCAUCAGCCAUUGUGCCUGCAUCUGCCACCCCCGGCUUCACACCCGCCGCCCGAGAUGGCGAUGACUUUGACUGGGAGCAGAACGAAGCUGUCCCGGACUCAUCCGGCCGUAUUUCGAUCUCCUUCAGUCAACACGGCGUGAUCCUUUGGCCAGGUGCGCGUUCUAUCCUACCAGAGAAGCUGCUCUCUGCGUAUGAAUUACUGGGCCGGAACUAUGUGAUCGAGCUGGAAUCGACGCGACCUCCGCUACCCAUGUUCAUCAGCUCGUUCCCGCUUCACUCCGGCGAGCGCUGGCUCGAGCUACUGCCGUUAUCAAUGAUCAAAGGACUAGCUGAUGCAUUCUUCGCCGUCUUCAAUCCGUUUACGCCGAUCAUGGACAAGGCAUUCUUUUUCUCUUUCACCCUGGGCGCUGCCAUUGAGAGUGGGUUCGGGUACACGAUGGAAAGCUGCUUGGUCCUGAAUGUGCUCGCUCUGGGAUGCCUGGGAGUGCUAGCAUUUCAAGAGGGUAACUAUCCUUUGCCGGGCACACAUCGACAUCGCUUUGAGCCUCCAGAGUGGAUGAAUGUCGUAUAUGAAGAACAGCCUGGGUUGCGGUUCUUCAAUGAAGCUCGUCGUCGCAUCGGCUUCUUGAUGUGCAGUAAUGACAUCCAAAGCUGCCAAUUCUUCCUUUUGUCUUCAGUGUACUACAGCCAGAUACCCCGACCGAUGGAUGCGUGGGCGAUGAUCCAUCGUGCCGCUACCUGUUGUCUCUCAAUGUUGACCAACCACGACGUCGAUUAUGAUGAAUGGGAGGGGGACAUGAAGUCCCGUGUCUACUGGAACUGCUUGAUGAAUGAGACAAUUCUAGUCCAAGAGCUGCAUCUGCCUCCCAGUGGACUCUCCCGACUUGAAGAGAAAGUCCCUAUACCCAAGUUCAUUGCGUUCGAACCCACGGGUUACACAUCGACUCGUUAUUCCGCGACCAACGUGGUCGAAGAUUCAUAUUUUCAGUACCAUUUUCUCGCACAGGUCGCGCAUCGCAUCAUCUUGACACGAAUUCGCAAUUCAUUGUAUUUUUACUCCGAUUCAGGAACGAUUCCUCAGCCAGCUGUCAAUGCUGAACUUCACCAUCAGCUCGAACAGUGGCGCACAAAUCUUCCCCUCGCCAUUCAGUUUUCUGACGCCCAGCUGCAACCGUGCUACUCCACCCCAAUUAAUGAUAUUUCAUCCGUUCAACCCUCUCCUUCUUCAGCGGCAUCUCCAAUUCAGACCCCGACACGCCCGUCUGAGUCUAAUCGUCCAUUAUCCCCUGCAGUGGCAGUGACCGAUGCCAUGUUACGGGGACGAUAUAUGAUCGCCAAAUUUCACAUCGGUCGGCCUUAUCUUUACAAAGCACUUCGCAUUCCUCAUUUAUUGACAGAAGAGGAUUUUAGUCAAAUCAAAAGUGGACUGCAAAAUGCGAUGGACUGGCCUGUAACCCAGGGGAUUUUUCGGAAAAUGAAGAGUUGCAUUCCGAUCAGGUUCGCAUUUUGCUCGCAAUUUUUUGGUCAAGUCCUGCUUUUCUACUGUAUCGCACAUUCGCCGAGUGCGCGAGUACGGGAGACGUUACCUUCUGGAUGGGAGCGAUGGAAUGAGGAAAUGAUGCGAUUUCUGGAAGAUGGCUCGCAUACGAGUCCCGCCGUGGCUCAAGAUUUGGAACUGCUGCGGUCAUUGUGGCCAGGACAUGACUGA